UCCUUGAUUCUUCCUUUUUGCACUUCCAUCGAGUAAGGAGAAUUUUGUUUGCAAGAAAUCAAUCACAUGCGCACAUGCAUGAGAGGAGCGUGUGGUCGUCGUCCUUAUAUUAAACAUCAUCUUCAACGUUAUAAUCCUCGCUACUACUACAACUACAACUACUACUACUACUACUAUAUUUUCAUAUUGUUUGAUAAUAUUCUACUCUCUUUCAUUUUUUACGCGCUUAUUAUGGCUUCUUCUUCCUCUUCGGCCGCCCCCACGGACCCUUCCACGGCGGUCCUUAUUCGAGUUGAUCAAUCGGGUCAGGGUAACUAUGAGAAGAUACAAGAUGCUAUUGAUGCUGUGCCUUCUAAUAAUUCGGAGUUCGUUUACAUUUGGGUUAAGCCUGGUACUUACAGGGAAAAGAUUGUUGUGCCAGCCGAUAAGCCUUACAUAACCCUUAGUGGUAAUCAAGCAAAUGACACCAUUAUAACAUGGAACGAUGGUGAUCACAUCUAUGAUAACCCUACUGUCUCUGUGCUAGCUUCUAAUUUUGUGGGGCGAUACCUUACAUUUGAGAAUACGUACGGAGCACGAGGAAAGGGAGUUGCGUUAAGAGUCGCAGGGGAUAAGGCUGCAUUCUACGGGUGUAGGAUGCUGUCGUACCAAGAUACUCUCCUGGAUGAUGUUGGAAGACAUUAUUACAAAAAUUGUUACAUUGAAGGAGCCACGGAUUUCAUAUUCGGCAAUGCUGCUUCUCUUUUUGAGAGAAGCCAUAUACAUUCGGUGAUCGAAGUCGGAAAAGGAGCCCUUACAGCCCAAAAGAGGGAGACACCAUGGGAAAAUACUGGUUUUAUCUUCUUAGGUUGCAAGAUCACAGGCAAAGGGGUUGGAACAGCAGACCUUGGAAGGCCAUGGGGAGCACAUUCAAGGGUGAUUUAUACACUAAGUUACUUGUCUAAUGUAGUUUCGCCCGAUGGAUGGAAUAAUUGGGGUGACUCCAAAAAAGAGAGUAAUGUGGUGUAUGGAGAAUACAAAUGCUAUGGGCCAGGGGCUAAUAGAGCAAAGAGGGUGACUUGGUCGAAAGGGCUCACAAAUGAGGAAGCUACGCCAUUCUUAAGCAAGGAUAUGAUUGGUGGAAGGGCCUGGCUAAGACCCGCACCAACCAAAUUUAAGAAAGGCUUUUCAGUCAACUCGCAUCUUUAAUUUCCAAAUUCACUAAAUACGUUAUACGUAGUACCUCUAAAGAUUUAAUUUUGUAUAUAUACGAUAUAAUUUAAUUUUUUAAUUAUUGAGUUAUAUUGUUUGUAUUUACUCCUUUUUUUUCUCUUUAUGUUUUUUUUUUUUUGGUAUUUUUAAAUGUUCUUUACAUUUCCUUUUA